AUGCGUGAUUCUGAUAUAAUCCCGCUAGCCAUCAUCGGAUUUUCAGCACGCUAUGCGCAGGAGGCAAGCACUUCGGAAAAGUUCUGGGAAUUUUUGCUUAGGGGACGUCAAUCGACAACUCCAAUCCCAAAGGAUCGUUUCAAUGCAGCUGCAUAUUACCACCCUGACUAUGAUCAUGGCGGAACGUUUCAUGUCAAGGGCGGGCACUUCCUGUCGGAUGACCCCCUGGGCUUCGACGCGGGCUUUUUCCGUAUCAGCCACACUGAAGUUCUCACCAUGGACCCUCAACAACGCCUUGUGAUGGAAAAUGUGUACCACGCCCUUGAGAAUGCCGGGAUUCCUAUGGAGAAAGCAGUGUCCUCUAGGACCUCGGUUUUUGCUGCUGGUUUCAACCAUGAUCACAGGAAUCUCCUGAAUGCAGACGUUGAAACCUCAAUGAAGCACAAAUCGACUGGCUCUGAGCAGUCUAUCAUUUCAAACAGAGUCAGCUGGUUUUAUGACUUUCACGGUCCCAGUAUGACAAUUGAUACCGCAUGCUCCAGUGGACUUGUUUCCCUUCACCUAGCUGUUCAGAGUUUGAAGUAUGGUGACAGCGAGAUGGCUGUUGUGACUGGUGGGAGCGUCAUUACUCAUGUUGGUGACAUUAUCGCAUUUAGCCAUGCUGGCGUGCUUUGCCCCUCAGGGAAAUGUUACACCUUCGAUCACAGAGCCGAAGGUUAUGCCCGCGGAGAGGGGGUGGGUACCGUUAUUGUCAAGACCUUGUCGGACGCUCUGAGAGAUGGAAAUACAAUCCGUGCUGUGAUACGUGGAACCCUUGCGAAUCAAGAUGGCCGUACGCCAGGCAUUUCGCUUCCAAGCGCUCAAGCACAGGAAUCCCUUAUUCGCCAAUUAUACAGCAAUUCGAAACUUGAUCGAAAAGACACUCUGUUUGUUGAAGCACACGGGACCGGCACGCCAGUAGGGGAUCCCAUAGAGGCCAGGGCUAUUUCCAGCGCCUUCGAUACGGACCAGCGUCAGGAGCCACUGUACAUUGGUACGUUGAAAGCAAAUAUAGGUCACCUUGAAGGCGGCGCAGGAAUAGCCGGGAUCAUCAAGUCAAUUCUGAUUCUGGAAGCCGGAAUUAUACCUCCAAAUGUGAAUUUUGAAAAGGUAAACCCCAAUAUCCCAAAGGAUAAGUGGAAUAUCGAGUUUCCUACAGAAUGUCUCCCUUGGCCCAAACCAGGUGCUCGUCGGAUAUCAGUUAACUCAUUUGGUUUUGGUGGAACUAACGCACAUUGCAUUUUGGAUGAUGCGUAUCACUUCCUCAAGGAACAAGGUCUCACUGGCACCCACCGUACUCGCAUAUCUGUGCCAACUGUUUUUGAAAUCAACAAGCUGGUUACUUCCCUCAAGAAAAUUUACAAAGACAAACCUGGUCUUGUCAAUGGAGUCGCGAAAUUAACCAAUGGAAAAGCCGUUAACGGAACGAACGGAGAGAUUGUGAAUGGAAUCAACGAGGAGAUUGCAAAUGGAACUCAUGGGAAGGUUGUUAAUGGAACUAGCAAACAUACUGUCAAUGGCACGAAUGGGAAGACUAUGAACGGCUCUCAUGAUAUAUCCAAAGCUUCGGCUAAAGACGAGACACCAAUUCCUCGCCUAUUCAUCUUAUCCGCAUUUGACAAGGAAGGCGUAAAGAGGACCGGCUCAGACUUAACGGAUUAUCUUCACAAAAGACAGUCCUUGCCCUUGGAUGAUGCAAAGAAUUUCCUAAAUGACCUAGCUUACACUGUUUCUCAAAGGAGAUCAGAUUUUCGAUGGAAAAGCUACGUGAUAGCAGACUCAAUCCCCGAGCUGGAAGAGAAUCUAUCCGCUAUGAACGCUCGAUCCAAACCCACAAAUAAAGAUCGUCCGCCCAGAAUUGGCUUUGUCUUUACUGGCCAAGGUGCUCAAUAUCAUGGGAUGGGGAAACAAUUCAUGAUAUACCCCGUUUUUCGAAGGAGCUUGGAGGACGCGACAGCAUACAUGAAGACGCUUGGAAGCCCAUGGUCUCUAAUUGACGAGAUUAUUCGUGACAGUGACAGUUCAAAUAUUCAUACCCCGGUCAUUGCCCAUCCUGCCUCUACCGCUAUCCAAGUUGCUCUUGUGGAACUUCUGGCUUCUUGGAAUAUUUAUCCUUCUCGUGUAGUUGGACAUUCCUCAGGUGAAAUUGCCGCAGCGUAUUGCGCCGGUAGGAUAUCCAGUGAAUCCGCAUGGAGGGCUGCUUAUUAUCGUGGGUUCGUCUCUGCAAAACAACAAAGUGUCCCUGGUUCUAUGAUCGCAGUUGGUCUGAAUCAGGAGACGCUUCGGUCGUAUAUGGACAAAGUACAUGCCAGUAUCAGAGGGGAAUUAGUUAUUGCAUGUUUCAAUAGCCCGAGAAACAAUACCGUCUCCGGUGACGAGGUGAUGGUCGAUGCUCUGAAGGAAUUACUCGACGCUGAAGAUAUUUUCGCACGCAAGCUCAAAGUCCAAAACGCCUAUCAUUCAUCCCACAUGCGAGAACUUGCCGAAGAAUACUUGCAGUUGAUGAGUUCACCCGCAGCAGGACAGCUUUUCAAUUCAGAACAUGAUAUUCAGAUGUUUUCGACAGUUACCGGGAAGCGAAACAACGACCCCGUCCUUGAUGCUUCAUAUUGGGCAGAAAAUAUGGUGUCCCCUGUCCGCUUUACUGAUGGUUUGCGUUCUAUGCUCUUCAAAGCAAACGAAAGCGACCCUGAGUCUGGCAAAUUCGACAGCGCCUGGAUAGAUGAGAUCAUUGAAGUGGGCCCUCACUCAGCACUGCAAAGUGCUAUUAAACAGACGAUUGCAGCCAAUGCCUCUGCACCUCCAGUUUCAUAUACCUCCCUCCUAAAUCGCCAAGACCCCACCACCCGCACGAUGUUGGAAACUGUUGGAAACCUAAGCUGUAAAGCGGCUCCCAUCAACAUAUAUGAAGUCAACCACGGUUUCGAACGAGAAGAGGGGCAAGUGCGGAAACCGGAGUUACUUGUCAGUCUCCCACCAUACUCCUUCAACCAUGACGAGAAAGGCUACUACGAGAGCAGGAUGAGCAAAAGAAUCCGUUUCCGCGAAUUUCCACGACAUCAACUUUUUGGUGCGCCUGUACAGGACUGGAAUCGCCAAAACCGCAAAUGGCGACAUUUCUUAAGAACUUAUGAGAACCCUUGGCUGAAGGAGCACGUGGUUACUGGACGUUAUGUUCUUCCCGCAGCUGCAUAUCUGACGAUGGUGACUGAGGCUGUAAGGCAAGUCACCGGUGAUGCAGUUAAAUUAACCGGAAUAAGGAUGAAGAAUGUGUCCAUAAAAUCGGCCCUUGUGGUUCCUGAUACGAAAGAGGGUGUCGAGGUGUCCUUAUCCAUUCACCCCGUGAACGAAUCCAACCACUGGGAAUCUACCGUGUGGAAAUGGUUCCAGGUAUCUUCGUACAUCUCAGCUCAUGAUGAUUGGAUUGAGCAUUGCUCGGGUUAUUUUUCUGUGGAAUAUCAAGCUCCUCCGGAUCCAAUCGAUAAUGGUCGCGAAGCUGAAGCAGAUAUCCAGUCCUGGAAAAACGAAUUAGAGCAAGGUGCAAGGAGUUGCCAAAAGCCGCUGGAUAUUGGAAAACUCUUUGACAAUUUUGAGGCCGUCGGACUCAAAUAUGGCCCUCUUUUCAAAAACUUGUCGGAAAUUACAGUUAACGAUCAGCAAAGGGGCGUCAUCGUGGGCAAAUUUGCAACCCCGGAAUUGGCGUCUUCAAUGCCAAAGAAUUACAUGGAUGCUCAUGUCAUCCAUCCUGUCACGUUGGACAGCGUGUUUGUCGCUGGACUCGUAGCAAUCUGUGACCACGGAGGACAGGCUAUUUUGAAGAGGCCGAUGGUACCGACUUUUAUCAAGGAGUCAUGGAUUUCCACAGAUAACGAUUCCCAGGCAGGAACCUGUUUUCGCUAUUACGGACAAGCCUCACCAGAAGCAUACGAUUACUAUAGUUUUGACCUCAAAUGUUCCGAUGAAUCCAACGAUCAACCGCGAGUAUCUCUGACGGGAGUUCGAUUCAUGCCUCUAUCAGAUGAGGAUGCUUCCAUGAGCGGCACACAGCAACAUGGUUACUUAAUGGAUUGGACCCUGGAUAUCGACAUGCUGGAGACACCAGAAUUCCGCGAUUCGGUAUCUGUUGAACCAUCAACGUCCUACGAGGAGCAACAAAAUUUGUUCGAAAGGUUGCAGCUCGCAUCAGCGCUUCUUAUAACUGAUGCACUCAAUGAGCUUAAGAAUAUCCCAGUACAGCCUCCUGAGGGCCAUUUUCAGAAGUAUUACGAAUGGAUGCACCGGAUUGCCGACGAUGUCACUGCAAACUCAGUUGCCCACGCCCCGCAUAACUUAUGGAAGAAAUAUGCUGAGGAUCCAAGUCUCAAAGAGGAGCUCUACACCGAAGUCUCAAAGCUUAAUCUGGAUGGACAACUUAUGAUUCGCCUCGGCAGACAAAUCCCAGCUAUCAUGCGGGGUGAAGUUGAUCCACUGUAUCUGAUGUUUGGUCAAGACGACAUAAUGACCUCGUAUUAUGAGGAGGUUUUGCAUGAGGGCGACGCUACAGAGAAUUUGGAUGCAUAUUUGACUCUCUUGGGUGAAAAUUACAGCGACCUUGAAAUCCUUGAAGUGGGAGCUGGAACCGGAAGCUUUGCCAGACUUCUUUUGGGUAUUCUCGCACCCCGAUCCGAAAACGAGAAUUCUGAUUGCACAAACACCGUUGCACAAUACACUUUUACGGAUAUUUCUCCCAGCUUUUUUUCUAAGGCAAAGGAGAAUUUAGGCGAAUGGACGGACCUUCUGACAUUUGAAAAGUUAGAUAUCGAACGCGACCCAACAACCCAAGGUUUCACUGCCAAAAAGUACGACCUGAUUAUCGCGCAUAACGUCCUUCACGCCACUCCUGAUUUAGGUAAAUCUCUCGAAAAUUCUCGCCGUUUGUUGAAACCCGGUGGCAAGAUCUUGGUCCACGAAGUGGUCAGACCCGAUAUUGUGUGGCCUUCACUUAUCUUUGGUCUUCUGUCUGGGUGGUGGCUGUCUAAUGAGCCUAAUCGCAAGUGGUGUCCUCUUAUCACCCUGCCGGAAUGGGAGGAUCUUCUCCGUGAGAAGGGUUUCUCAGGGGUUGAUAUCGAGAUACCCAAUUCACGAUAUCCAGAGUUUACAAAGCUCAGCUCAAUGAUUUCCACUGCUCUCCCAGACCCACCUGAUGACAUUUGCCCAGGAAACGAUCUUGUGAUUCUUGCCCCCGCGUCCAGAUUUGAUCACGAGUUUAUUUCCAAAUUGAAAGCUGAGCUCAUGCGAAGUGCUGGUGUUACCAACUGCACUGUCCUGCAACUGCACGAGUUUGCUGGUAAGGAUAUGACAGGCUCAAUUUGCAUAUCUCUUUUGGAACUCGAGAGCCCGGCCCUGCUUGACAUCUCCGAAGAUGAUUUCCGGUAUCUACAACAGUUCUUUUCAACCUGCAAAAGGCUGCUGUGGAUAACAGGAGAUCCAAUAACCCAGCCGGCCUUCAAUAUGAGUACCGGCAUGAUCCGCACACUGCGGUGGGAGCGCGAUGCAGAGAGCCCGAAUUUUGUUACCCUCGCUCUCGGCAGCUCCAGCUCAUCCCCAGCUAAAUCAGUCCUGAAUUCCAUUUCAAAGAUAUUCCGUUAUCAGUUCACCAGUGGCCAGACCAAGCACCAAAAUGCUGAAUACCUUCUGCGGAAUAACUUGAUCCAUAUUAAUCACGUCUUCCACCAUCCUAAAGCAACUGGUUUCUUGCGGUCGAAAUUCUCGGCGCUCAGUCCUGAGAUGGUUCUAUUUAAGGACAUUGGACGCCCAGUCAAACUCCAGAACAGUUCACGAGGAGUUCUCAAUAAGCUGCAAUGGGUAACUGACACUACUUCGACACUGCCACUCGGAGACUUUGAUGUUGAGAUUGAUAUUCGCGCUGUAGGACUCAACUUCGUGGAUCUUUUAAGCAUAAUGGGAGAAGGGGUAGGUGAUGUUAUUGGAAGAGAAGCGGCCGGAGUUAUCUCCAGGGUUGGGCCAGGUGUUAAGCAUUUGCGGGCCGGCGAUCGUGUCACGUAUCUCACAGAUUCGCCAAAAAAGGGCACUUUCAGAACCCAUGGAAGGGUCAACGAAUCGCUAGCCGUCAGAAUACCUAACGAUAUGAGUUUUGAAGUUGCUGCUGGGCUUCCAGUUAUCUACGCCACAGUUAUCUACAGUCUGACCAAUGUAGGUAGACUGUCAGCUGGGGAGAGGAUUCUGAUCCACUCUGCUGCUGGUGGUGUUGGCCAAGCUGCCAUUCAAUACGCCAAAGAAGUUGGUGCCGAGAUUUUUGCUACUGUCUCUACCGUUGAGAAGAUGGAGUUUCUCAAGAAAGAGUAUGGCAUCCUUGAGGAUCACAUAUUCUCAAGCCGAGACACCAGCUUUGUUCAGGGAAUUAUGAGAAUGACAAAAAAUUCUGGUGUUGAUUUGGUCCUCAACUCUCUUUCGCAAGAGUCUCUUCGGCGAUCUUUUGAAUGUGUUGCCCCAUUCGGCCGAUUUAUUGAAAUUGGGAAAAAGGACUUGCAGGCCGGAGGCAAAUUGGACAUGAACCCCUUCAUUCGAAAUAUUACCUUCACUGGCGUGGAUUUGCUUACUCUUGCGGAAUUCAAACCAAAAGAAGUCCGAGAACUUCUCGAGACGACUAUUCGCCUGUGGGAUGACAAUAAAAUCAAAGGAGCUUAUCCACUAACAAUUUUGGGGUACUCUGAACUUGAAGAUGGGCUUCGCAUGUUGCAAUCUGGCAAGAACAUAGGUAAAUUUGUGUUUGUGGCUAAUGAGAACGACGUGGUGCCGGUUAUUCCCGAGGUCACAUCCCCGUACACCUUUGACCCCAAUGCGUCUUAUGUACUGGCUGGAGGUCUUGGGGGCCUUGGAAGGAGUUUAGCACAGUGGAUGGUGAGUCGCGGUGCAAGGAAUUUGAUAUUCUUGUCACGAUCAGGAAAAAUCACGCAGCCAGUUCAAGAAAUGGUUUCCACUCUAGAAACCAAAGGUUGCAAGAUUCGAAUCUUUACCUGCGAUGUAUCCGAUUUAUCUCGGUUACAAGAAGUCAUAGAGGAAUGCCAGCAGACACUUCCCCCAAUAAAAGGAUGUAUUCAAGGUUCCAUGGUCUUAAGGGAUUCACUCUUCGAAAACCUCUCAUAUGCCAACUGGACAGGGACGAUCAAACCAAAGGCGCACGGCUCACAAAAUCUCCACGAUAUCUUGCCCAGAGAUCUUGAAUUUUUCGUGAUGCUCUCAUCGUUGGCGGGAGUCAUGGGUGGGCGCAGUCAGGCCAAUUAUGCGGCAGGCAACACAUUCCAAGAUGCGCUUGCCAAACAUCGUGUAGCAAACGGGCUCCCAGCCGCCAGUUUCGACAUCGGAGGUGUCCUCUCCGUCGGCUUCGUUGCAGAAAAUCAAAAUUACGCCCGCAAUGCGACAAAGGCCAUGAUUCCAAUCCUAGAAGACGAAGUGCACGCAGUUGUGGAAUAUCUGAUAGACCCACGCCAUGAAAUGACCGAAAGCACCUGCCAGGUUCUCUUUGGCCUAGCCACGAAGAAGUCAUCUCAGGAACGUGGAGUCCCGCCACCGGAAUGCUUCGACUACCCUCUCUUCACGUUGCUACAGAAAUCAAGUGGAACGAAGCAACAGGGGCCUGAAGAGACCGAUACCUAUCGCGUUGACGCUCUGCUCGGAGCAGCGAGGACCAGAGAAGAGGCGUUUGAAAUAGCGCUGAACGGCAUAUUGAACAAGCUCUCUGUGCUUCUCAAUGUGUCCGCGGACCAGAUUGACGCUGGCAAAUCGACCCGUUCAAACGGUGUUGAUUCAUUGAUUGCUAUUGAGUUCCGGACGUGGCUUGCGAAGGAGGCGGGAACUGAGUUAUCGCUCAUUGAUGUUACGGUUGGAGGCAGUAUCAAUGAGCUCAGCCAGAAGGUCGCAACGUUGAGCAGGUUCGCUGAGAUGAUCCUUGAUGACUCAGCGAAUACAUGGGACGGGCGGCGUCUUGGCAACGGGAACCCACUUUUGGAUCGUUGGGGCGUGAGUCAAAAGCAACUGGCCAAUGGCGGCGCCCAAUCAGUCCGACUAUCGGCAUCACAGUCUCUACGGACCCCGAUUCUCGCGCCGAAUCAGCUGCUGGGCACACACCGGAGACAAGUGAGGCCACGUCCUAGUCCUGCUUUUAACCAAUAUGUCCCUGCAAGUGACAUUUCACCUCUCCAAAACCAGAAACCAUCAGCUUUAGAUGACUCAUUUGUUGGAAUGAGUGGAGGCGAGAUUUUCCAUGAGAUGAUGCUUAGGCAGGGCGUUAAACAUAUCUUUGGAUACCCUGGCGGUGCUAUCUUGCCCGUUUUUGACGCCAUUUUCAACUCGCCGCACUUCGACUUUGUGCUCCCACGACAUGAACAAGGUGCUGGCCAUAUGGCUGAGGGCUAUGCUAGAGCUACAGGAAAACCAGGUGUAGUACUUGUCACCUCAGGACCAGGUGCAACUAAUGUUAUCACUCCAAUCCAGGAUGCUUUCUCGGAUGGGACUCCCAUGGUUGUCUUCUGUGGCCAAGUCGCUACAACUGCCAUUGGCACGGAUGCUUUCCAGGAAGCAGACGUCAUUGGCAUAUCUAGAGCUUGCACUAAAUGGAAUGUCAUGGUGAAAUCAGUGGCUGAGCUCCCAAGACGCAUCAAGGAAGCCUUUGAAAUAGCUACUGGUGGCCGUCCAGGCCCCGUUCUUGUGGAUCUCCCAAAAGACGUGACCGCUAGCAUCCUGCAAAAGCCUAUUCCCAUGAGCAGCACUCUCCCCGCGCAGCCAAGUAGCGCUACCCUUGCUGUCCGUGAACUUAACGCCCGCUACCUGGAGGCAAAUAUUGGGCGUGCAGCUAAGCUGAUUAACAUUGCGAAGAAGCCAGUGCUCUAUGUUGGUCAGGGUAUCCUUGCGCGCCCGGAAGGACCACAGUUGCUCAAGCAGCUCGCGGAUAAGGCAAAUAUCCCGGUCACAACCACUCUUCAGGGCCUAGGUGGAUUCGACGAGAUGGAUCCUAAGUCUCUCCACAUGCUGGGAAUGCACGGCUCAGCUUACGCCAACAUGGCUAUGCAGGAAGCAGAUUUGAUUAUUGCCUUGGGCGCCCGAUUCGACGACCGUGUUACUGGCAGCAUUCCCAAAUUUGCUCCACAAGCCAAGGCCGCUGCCCAUGAAGAGCGUGGUGGCAUCAUCCACUUCGAAAUGGUGCCUAAGAAUGUCAACAAGGUGGUCCAAGCAACGAUAUCAGUGGAGGGUGACUGUGCAGAUAACCUUGCCCUUUUGCUUCCACAGAUCAAUACCGUCAAGGAACGACCCGAAUGGUUUGCGCAAAUCAACGACUGGAAGAAGCGAUUCCCCCUUUCAUCCUACGACAAGCAAACUCCAGACGGCCUCAUCAAACCCCAAGCCCUCAUCGAAAAACUCAGCGAAUUAACCGCGCACAUGAAGGAUCGUACCAUCAUCACCACUGGUGUCGGCCAGCACCAGAUGUGGGCAGCCCAGCAUUUCCGAUGGCGCCACCCACGCACCAUGAUCACCUCCGGCGGCCUUGGGACAAUGGGAUACGGCCUCCCAUCCGCCAUCGGCGCUAAGGUUGCACGUCCCGAGGCUCUCGUGAUUGACAUUGAUGGCGACGCAUCCUUCAACAUGACGCUGACAGAGCUAUCAACGGCGGCGCAGUUCAACAUUGGCGUUAAGGUUAUUGUUCUGAACAACGAGGAGCAGGGGAUGGUUACGCAGUGGCAGAGUCUUUUCUACGAGGACCGCUUUGCGCAUACUCACCACCUGAAUCCGGAUUUCGUCAAGCUGUCUGAGGCUAUGGGGGUGCAGGCUAGGAGGUGCACGAAACCCAGCGAUGUGGAGGCUAGCUUGAAGUGGCUUAUUGAGAGUGAGGGGCCUGCUUUGCUUGAAGUGGUUACAGAUAAGAAAGUUCCUGUGUUGCCCAUGGUUCCUACGGGUAAGGGCUUGCAUGAAUUUCUGGUAUAUGAUGAAGCCAAGGAGAAGGAGAGAAGAGCUCUCAUGAAGAAGCGAUCGGGCCGUUGA